AUGGCAGAAAACGUCAAUCGACAACGCCUCGAUUGCAUAUAUGACGAGGAACCUUUAGGUUUUGAUAAAGAUCCCAUGGCGCUUAAGAAAAAGCAGCCACAAGAUCCUUUUGAAGAAGUCUACCUUGGUGAAGAAGGGGACAAACGGCCCACAUACAUCAGCACCAACAUCGACCAAAAGCUCAAAUCAGAGAUUUUCCCCGCUACACUCCUCAAGAGCAAGUUCAUAAGAACUGCAAGGUAUGUCGAAUGGUUGGCUAAUAUCGUACCAGUCAUGAAGAAAAAUGGAAAGUUGAGAGUGUGCAUUGAUUUUAGAGAUUUAAAUGCUGCCAAUCCGAAAGAUGAAUAUACCAUGCCUGUGGUAGAAAUAUUAAUCGAUUUUGCUGCUGGUUUUGAAUACUUAAGUAUGCUUGAUGGUUAUGCUGGUUAUAACCAAAUUUUUAUUGUAGAAGAUGUGCCGAAGACGUCAUUUUGUUGCCCAGGGGCAUUAGGAACCUACGAAUGGGUGGUCAUGCCAUUCGGCCUAAAGAAUGCUAGAGUGACAUACCAGAGGGUCUACAUCGAUGAUAUUGUGAUAAAAUCGACUUGUAAGUCGACACAUCUGGAACAUCUUAGAAAAUCUUUUGAGAGGAUGAGGCAAUAUGGAUUAAAAAAGAAUCCAUUAAAUCGAAUUGGUAAAUGGGCAUUGGCAUUAACAGAGUACUCUCUAACAUAUGCUCCUUUAAAAGCAAUGAAAGGGCAAGUGGUAGCAUACUUUCUUGUCGACCAUUCCAUGGUCUCCCUGCCUCAAAAUUAUGUCGAUUUGGUGCCAUGGAAAUUAAAUUUUGAUGGCUCCAGUCAUAAGAAUGGCAGAGGCAUAGGAGAGGUCAUAAUUUCUCCAAAUGGAAUUCCAAUAGAGCUCAUGUAUUCAAUCGACGGUGUAUGUACCAACAUUGAAACGGAGUACGAAUCUCUGAUAAUCGGACUUGAACUGCUGCUAGAAUUGGGGGCAAGAAAUGUCGAAAUUAUGGGAGAUUCUGAAUUAGUAGUUAAGCAGGUUUCAAAAGAGUACAAGUGCGUUAAAAAGAAUUUAAUCAUGUACUUUGUGAUUGUUAAUAGGUUGCUCAAACAAUUCGAAUCGACAAACAUUCGACACAUACCUCGACGAGAGAACCAAGAGGCUAAUGACUUAGCGCAAGAGGCUUCAGAAUACAAGAAAAAUGAGGAUGAAGAGCCUAUUCAGGUAAGAGACAAGGUUCGAGCAAUUGUGCUAUCUUCUUCAAAUCCGUCGAUUAUAAAAUUGAAUGUAGUUGAUGCCGAGAAUUUCGAAAUUUUAAUAGUCGAAAAUGGAAAAGAAAAUGACUGGCGUCAGCCAUUGGUUGAAUACUUACGCAACCCUACUGGUUCGACAGAUAGAAAGAUUAAAUAUAGGGCUCUAAAUUUUGUUUUGAUAGAAAAUGAGUUGUUCAAAAAGAUGGCAGAAGGGAUAUUGCUAAAAUGCCUUGGGGAAAGUGAAGCAUAUUUAGCCAUCUCGAACGAUUGCAUCGAGUUCGCUAAAGGUUUUCAAGUGUGCCAGAUGCAUGGGGGAAUCCAACACGUUCCUACAAGCGAACUACAUGCCAUUGUGAAACCUUGGCCAUUCAGGGGAUGGGCUUUAGAUGCAAUUGGAGAAAUAAAACCAGCUUUGUCAAAACAACAAAGGUACAUUUUAGUCGGUAUUGAUUAUUUUACGAAGUGGGUUGAGGCCGUAGCCCUAAGAAAUGUCGAUCAAGAGGCUGUGAUAGAUUUUUUACAAAAUCGUAUCAUAUGUCGGUUUGGGCUUCCAGAGACAAUCACAACCGACCAAGGAACAGUGUUCACAGGACAAAAAAUACGGGAGUUUGCACAAGAAGUUGGCAUCAAAUUGCUGACAUCUACAUCCUAUUACGCCCAAGCAAAUGGCCAAGUCGAAGCUGCCAACAAGGUGAUAAUUAGCCUAAUAAAAAAACAUGUAGGGAGGAAGCCAAAAAAUUGGCACCAAUCACUAGACCAAGCUUUAUGGGCAUGUAGAACAUCUCCCAAAGAAGCAACUGGGACCACGCCAUUUCGACUUACAUAUGGACAUGACGCUGUGUUACCAGUAGAGAUACACGUCUAG